AUGACUACCCCCAUUAAUAUCAAUGAGGCUUCACUAGAAACAUUAAAAACAAUCAGAAAUAUAGGAGACAAAAGGGCAAAAGCAAUAUUAGAGAUCAGAGAUAGAAAGGGAGAAAUAACCUUGGAAGAUCUAAAAUUAAUUCCCAAUAUCCCAAGUACAAUCUGGGAUCCUCUGGUAGAAGAAGGAUUAAUUAUUGUACCAUCCAUUCUUAGACAUUCUGACAAUACAGAACAAAUUUCAGAUCAAACAAAUACAUCAGACAUUCAAACAACAAAAGCCUCAGAAGAUCCCCAAAAUAAAUUGUUAGAAAAAAUCCAAGAGUUAGAGAGAGAGUUAUGGGCAAAGGAUGGAAAGAUCAGAGAAAGAGAGAUUCUGAUUAGAGAGAGAGAGGAUGAAAUUAAGGAGAAAGACGAGGAACUAACUUUAUUACAUAAGAGCACAAUUGCUAGUCGAGAGAAAGCAGACCGAAUGUUUGAAGAGAUGCAAAAAAAGUUUGAAAUGAAAGAGAAAGAAAUGAAUGAGAAAUUUUCUAUUAGAGAAAGAGAGUUAGAUGAACAAAUGCAAAGAUUUGUAGAUCAGAAAGAAAGGGUACAAAGAUUAGAUGAAAAAGAAAGAACAGAGAAAGAGGAACAAUUCAGGAUAAGAAUGAGAGAACUAGAUCUUAGAGAAAAAGAAAUUGAAAAGAGAGAAAGAGAUUUAAGACAAAUGAAAGCAGAGAGAGAACAGGAAGAAUACAUUUCACACAUAAAUAGGUUAGCUCCCCAAAAUGUUUACCAUAACGGUGAAAAAACAGAAGAUAAGAGAAGUAAUGCGAAAACACCUUGCAGUCCAGCCACUCCCAAAUUGUCAACUUAUGAUGGGAAAUCAGAGUGGAAACCCUAUUUUGUACAGUUUAACCAUAUUGCAAAGAAAUACAUGUGGAAUGAAAAAGAAAAAUUAGACAAAUUGAUAGAAUGUUUAAGAGAGAAAGCUUUAAAAUUCUUCAGUUCUAGACCAGAAAAUGUACAAAAAGAUUAUAACAUCUUAUGCCAGAAAAUGAAGGAGAGGUUCGACAAGAAAGAUCAGCCCCACAUCAUCAGGCGGCAGUUACAAGAAAUAAAACAGAACGUAGACGAAACAUUAGAGGAAUUCGCUGAAAGAAUUGAAGAGCUUACAACUGAAGGCUACCCGGACACCCCUGAGUACUUUAAGAGCACCAUUACUAUUGAUGCCUUCCUAAGGGGCUGUACUGAGAAAAGAGCAGCACUGGUCACUUUAGACAAAGAUCCAAAAACACUAGAUGAGGCAGUACAACAUAUGAAAAGUGCCAUCACUAACCAGAAGUUAAUAAUGGGGCCUAAAAAAGAAGUCAGAAGAGUUACCUUUGAAGAGAAAUCAGAAGAAAUUCCACCUAUAAUUAAACACCAAGAAGAUGCGAGCAUAAGGGUUAUCAACAGAACAACACCUAAAACUGUACCUUCAAUGGAGACAAGAAUGACAGCUCUAGAAAAUGACAACAAAGAGUCCAAGAGAUUGCUUAUGGAAAUUUUAAAAAGACUGAAGGUGACUGAGGCAGAGAGGGAAUCAAGACCAAGAUACAGAUCACCAUCACGGUCUCCUACAAGAUACAGAUCACCAUCACAAUCUCCUACAAAAGAUGGUCAAUCAAGAUCAUAUAGUCCUGAGAGAGAGAGAAAGAGUGAAUGUUUCAAGUGUGGUGAGAUAGGUCACUAUGCAAGAGACUGUUUACAUCAAGCAUACUCAAGACAAAGAUCACCUUUACAAAACAGAUCACCUUCACAGUCACCCAUAAGAUCACAAAGAAAUUUAAACUUUCAAGAGCUGAGGAAGUAG